GUUUGACGGAUCCUUGGCAGCACUCACGAAAACUUCAAAUCGAGAUCAAGAAAUCAUCAUCGGAUGCGUCAAAAUCACAUCUCCCCCAUGAAGAUCCAUCAUCGGGUGACGUCACACCCCCUCAUCGAUCCAAGAAUCGACGUCACGUUAUAAUCGCCUCUCCCCCCGCCCGCCCGCUAACACUCGUCGAUCCAAGAAUCGACAUCACGUUGGAAUCUCCCCGCCCGCUAACACUCGUCGAUCCACCCACCGUCGAUUAGCGAGAAUCGAUUCCUCAUUAACCCUGCAUUUUUUCGACGUUUCGUGUCCUGCGCCCUUUCGCGAGCGCCAAUACGAAGAUGUCGACAGCCGUUCACGAGGGGAACGCGUCGUCGGAGCGACUGGGAGCCGAUGGCGAAGCCCACGACGUCCCGGCGGGCGAGACGGACACGUUUGAGGACCCACACAAGCCCCCACCGUCGGCCGUGGUUCACGUUCGGGGAUUGUCGGUCGCAGCCCUGGGGUCGGACCUCGUGCAGACCCUGCAGCCCUUUGGCGCAAUCAAAUACGUGGUGAUCAUGCCCAAGAAACGGCAGGCUCUGGUGGAGUUUGAAGCGCUAGAGAGCUCCCGCAGCUGCGUCAACUACUCGUCCACGCGCCCCGUCUACGUGUGCGGGCAGCCGGCCUAUUGUAACUUCUCCACCAGCCAGAAGAUUUUGUGGCCUCGCAGCGCCGAGGAACGCCAGAAGAGGAACCACAUCCUGCUUUUCACCAUCUUCAACCCCAUGUACCCCAUCACCACGGAUUUGCUUUACACCAUUUGCCACCCAUGCGGGCCUGUGCAUCGCAUUGUGAUUUUCAGGAAGAAUGGCCUGCAGGCCAUGGUGGAGUUUGAUUCGGCUGCGAGCGCCCAGACAGCGAAGUCGUCUCUGAACGGAGUGGACAUCUAUCCGGGCUGCUGUACUCUUCAAGUGGAGUUUGCAAAGCAGACCCGUCUGAAUGUGUUUAAAAAUGAUUCCGAGACCUGGGACUACACCUACCCUGGCGUCGAACAAGCGUACCCUUCACAACAAUUCGGCAAUAUAAGUGAAUCUUGGGAACAACAGAAUUCACGAGGAAAAUUGCCGAGGUUUUCAAGAAUUCGUUGGAUUCGUCUUGUACCGGUGAAACUGGUGCCCUGUUACUGCAACUGGUCCCCUCCACCCACCACCCCGACCCAGCGCAUGCUGCAGACAUUGCCAUUAAGUGGGUGGCAUUUUAGAGUUUGAUGAGCUUUGAAGAUUUUUGCCGACGUAAACGCUUCGAAGGGUACAUCACGAGACCUCCUUUGCCAGUAACCAAAAUAUACCAGUAGGGUUCUAGAUUUGAUGAAGCUUUCGUGACUGCAAUGAUUCAUAUUCUUAGGUUUUUUCGGU